AUGGCGUCGAGUAAUCGUAAUUGCAACUGUAUUCUGUGCUCUCGAACGAUCGAAAAGCCGCACGAAAGAUAUUUGGUAUCCGGGAAGACAAAAUUUAAAGCUAGUGAGGCUCUUCGACAGUUGCCAUUUGAUGUUUUAGAGACAUCAAUUUACAUUUGUCGACAGUGUCUCGAUAAACUACGGAAACGAACCGCUCUUCUUGCUCAAAAUAAGCUCAUCGUAAGCGAACUUAAAGAGGCAUAUGAAAAAGGUCAACGCGAAAGGCGACAAGGCUUUGAAGACGAAGAACCGAGCAGCAAACGGCCAUGUAUAACAGCGCCAAAUUUGCCCAGCACAUCUCAGACAAAGGCUACGACAUCAAUUGCCAGUACACGUGAAGUGGUCAGUGAGCUGCCGGAAUUGUUAGAAAUACCAACUCCCAUUUUACAUUCAACCCCCGUAAAGUCCAGAGAAACGACAGGAGUUAACGUUAUAGCAACGUGGCCAAGUCAAAGCAGGCAGAGGCAGCUGAAUCCUGAUUUGGAACCAUUAGGAAAGAUGCUUGUUAGAGGAACAUACAAGCAAAUUGCCAAUGCAGCGUGGAACAAUCCAAACUUAAGAAAACAUCUUGUCUUCAAUGCUUUGAAAGACAUUAGAAAAGAAUGUGUUGGCUUGUGUUCAAAAAAAAACCCAAGUUGCCUGCGGUCACCCUCAAAGGAGCAGAUGCUUAACUUUUCUUUUGAUAAGCAAAGAAAAGAAUUGGAAGAGAGAGCACCAUUGUUUUUCUCUGUUCUAGUAGCUGCUGGUUCAACUAGUACCAAAAAAGAGGAGAAGGCAUGGAUUCCAGCUGUUGGCAUGGCUUCAUCUAUACUCCUCAGAAACCGUUCACCAUAUAUGAAUGCUAUUCAGUUGUUGUUAGGAAUAUUUCUAUAUCAUUCUAACUGGGCGCCUGUAAUGUCACGGUUUUCCAAGUUGAGACUGGUAACAUCACCAAACCAUCUUUACAAAAAAUUGGAAGAAUUUGGUGCUGGUCAUGAUGCAGUGAUUAAAGAGAUGGUCAGUCAGGAUUCCAAAUGGUUAGCAAGCCAAGAGAAUGCAACAGAAUCAAUGCAACCCUCUGUUGGGUUUAAACUUACAAUUGACAAUGUGGACUACAGACAGAAUGUUCAUUACAUGACUGAGGAGCACCAAAACAUUGAUAAGCAUUAUGUCUCUGUUAAUGCAACCAUUAAUAGGGUUUCAGCAAACCAUUUGAGUCACAAGAGUCCUGUUGGUGGCAUCAAUGAAAUGGAGAAUGGGAAGUGUAUUCCAAAUCACACAGAGCAGAAAGCACAGAGAGAUGACUAUAUUUCUCUUGUCGAGCGUGUAAUUGUGGAAAAUGUUCCAUGCCUUGAAUUUGGAAAGGAUAUUAUACAAAAGCAUAUUCCACAUAAAUACACUAAGGAAGCAUCGCAACCAACAGAAUCUGCAUUUCUUGGUGUAAUCUACGAGAGUGAGAAUGAUGCUAAUGGGAUAAACAAGAUAUUGCAUGAUCUUCAUAAAUAUGUCCCAUUUACCGGUGAAGGAAAAGACCGAGAAUAUGCCAACCAACCUAUUGUUGGAGAUCAACUGACGGUAGAGCGAGCUGUCAAUUGUCACAUGACCUUGUGCAAUGGCUUCACACCAGAAGAGCAGCUAGAUGGUCUACACUUUGAAGUGGCAGACUGGCAUGCUGGAAACAAAGCUAUUGGUGUUGCAUUUUCACAUUUGUACAGUGCAGCUUCAGCAGGAGACAAGUGCACAUUGUACAGCGACCGUAAUUUGGUAAACCGCCGCAAUGUGAAAAGUGAUGUGGACUCCGCUGUAUUGGCAGCACGGCGGUUCUUCGCACUUGAGAUCGAAGCACGAAUUGUAGCAGCUGCAAUGACAGAACUAGGCAUGGAGGAAUUUGAUGAUACAGCAGAUGGAAUUCCAUUAAUGGACAACUGGACUAAAAAAGAAAAGGGAACCUACAUCCGUCAGUUAUCCUCCAAAAUUGUGGACAAAUACAUUUUGGAUGAAGAAAAACACAAAAAGAUUGCUGCAGCUGUAGAAUGCCUUGAGGAGAAGCAUCUACAAAGAUUGAAAGACAAGACAGCAGAUGGCCGAUACAAGUGUCGAUUUCCAGGUUGCGGAAAAACUUUUAGCAAUGAUGGAAAAUGGCGAAUGAUGCAUGAACGAGCUCAUGACCCUCCCGUUUGCAUUGAGGAGCAGCCAAUGCUGGUGGAAAUUUUUGAUGGGGGCGUUGUAGAUGAUGAUAUGUACAACUAUCAAAGAGCAUUGCUGGACUAUGGGAUGGUAGUGAUGAACUUCCUAGAUGCUAUUUCCGAGGGUGAUGGUUCAAGAGUCAUACGAAAUUGGAAAUUUCUUCUUCUUUAUUUCCACCAUGACAAAGGGAGCCAGAAAUAUGCACUUGAAGCUCUUUAUCUGAUGUUUCAGGUGCACGCCCUUCUCAGUCCAAAAGCAGCCCACCAUCUUGUGUGGAAUAGAUUUUCGAAGAGGAAGCAUUCUCUCGGAGGAAAUAUUUCUCUUGACCUCCAACUAGAAUUCCUCAAUAGGAUUUUCAAAGAUGUCGUCAAGAAACUGGGUCCAAAUGCCAACCCUAGAUCCAUUAGCAGAAUUUGUAAUGCUAUGAACGUUACAAAAAAGUUGACAGAAAAUUUUGACAGUGCUAUGGCCCUCUACAAGAGAUCAGGAAAGCAUGUCCGCAAAUCAUGUAGUGCUGACUUGAAAAAAAUUGUGAAUGAACUUUUGUUUCAUAAAGCAUUUGCAAAAACACCAGGAAGAUCGUAUGGUGCCUACUCAGGGAUCAAACCAUCAAUUGUGUCAGACUUUAAUUUGCAGAGGUUUUAUGGUUGGAUCAAUGACCACAAGAACUAUAUGAUCCUUCAUCGAAAGGCCAGAUAAAAUAAUUGGCUGAUGUGAACU